AUGUUUAAAAAUUCAUUUUUAAAUACAUUUAAUUUCGUUUGGCAGGCUUCUGAUGAUUCAGAAGAAGUUAUUUUAUCAGAAAAAAAAGAAACACAUAAAUCAGAUGUUGGGGAUUCAACAGCAGGAAAAAAGAAGAAAAAAAAGAAGCAUAAACAUCAUCAUAAACAUAAAAAAUCAAUAGAUUCAAAAGAAAAAAAAUAUAAAAAAAGACAUAAACACAAAUUAAAUGAUGAAUCUUCAGAUGAAACUCCUAAUAAGAAAGCUAAAAAGGUUGAAAAUGACAAAGUUGUACCUACUAAAGAAGAAUGUGUAAAAGAACAAUUACAGAAUGGUUCUAUAUCGAAAACAAAUCCGCCAGUUCAAAACAUGAAAAAUGGAUCCUCAGCCAUAAAAGCUUUAGACCAAAUUUUAGCAAAUGCUGAAACUUCUGAGGAAUCUGUAACCCCUACUAAAGCAAAUGAGGAUUCAGAUGUAGAAGUUCCAGCAAUAGAAGAAGACAUGAAUUUGGAGGACCUCAUGAGGCAGAAGGCUUUAUUACAAGCUAGAUUAGGUGCAUAUAUUGAUUCGAGUGAAUCAGGAGAGGCGAGUGAUGGGGAAGUAAUUGAGCCCUUAAAUUCUAGUAAAGAAAAAAAAGAAACUGAAAACAAACCAGAACUUAUUAGUUUACUCGAUGAUUCUGAUUCAGGAAAAGAAAGCCAAAUUAAAUCUAGUGGAAGAAAUACAAGCAAGGAUAGUAAAGAAAAAAAAGUAACGAAGGUUAAAGAAGAUAAAAGAAAUUCGGACAGGGACAGGCAUCGAAACAGAGAUCGAGAUAGAAAAGAUAAAUCUCCCGUAAGAUCACGAUCUAGAGAUAGAACUAGAGAUAAAAAAAAUGAUAGACGAAAAGAAGUUGAUCUGCGAACCGAAAUUAAUAGAGAAAGGGAAAAAGAACGUGAGCGUCAACGACAGAGAGAAAGAGAAAGGGAACGGGAAAGAGAACGCGAAAGAGAUCGGGAACGUGAAAGACAGAGAGAUAGAGAACGUGACAGGGACAGGGAUAGAGAUAGGUUAAGAAGGGAAAGAGAGAGAGAUAGGGAUAAAGAUAGAGACAGGGAUAGAGAGCACGAAAGGGACAGAAGUAGUAGUAGACGUAACAAUGUAAUAAGUUCCAGAAAUAAAGACAAAUCAAAGCAUUCUCUUUACCGUAAAAAAACCAAAAGCGAUAAACUAGAUAAGUACAAAGAUAGUUUGUCUGAAGGAUUGCAAAUAGAUAUUAGUGACUCUGAAGAAGACUUGUCCAAUAUUAAAAUUGAUGAGGAUGAAGAGGAUGAGGAAACGAUAAUUGAAAGGAGAAGGAAACAAAGAGAAGAGUUACUUAAAAGACUGGGUGUAGUUAGUGAAGAAUCUAAUCCAUCCAUUGUUAGUGACGCGCCACCAAUGAAAUCCACUCAAGAAGAAAAAGUAAAAAACGAUGAGAUAAAACCGAAAAAACAAAACGAUGAUCAAAAAAACAAAUUUAAAGUCGAUGAGGAAAAAGUAAAGAGUAAAAAAAAAUCAAGGUUUGAUGUAGAACCCGAAGAAAAUAAGGAUAAAGAUAAAGAAAAGAAAAAAAAUGAGCUUGAUAUGUUUGCCGAAGCAGAUAAUUUCGGAGAACAGUAUGAUAGUCCAGGUACAAAGGAAAAGGUUGUUGCGGAAAAUCCCAGCCUGACGGAUAACUGGGAUGAUGCAGAAGGUUAUUAUAGAGUAAGAAUUAGUGAAGUUUUGGACGGAAGGUAUACAGUGUACGGAUAUACCGGUCAAGGAGUUUUUUCAAACGUUGUACGAGCCAGAGAUGGAGCUCGUGGAAACCUCGAUGUCGCCGUUAAAAUAAUAAGAAACAACGAAAUUAUGCAUAAAACGGGUUUAAAGGAAUUGGACAUAUUGAAGAGGUUAAAUGACGCGGAUCCAGACGACAGAUUUCAUUGUCUCCGUCUCUUCAGGCAUUUUUUUCACAAGCGUCACUUGUGUUUAGUUUUCGAGCCUCUCAGCAUGAACCUACGAGAAGUUCUUAAGAAAUAUGGUAAAGAUGUCGGGCUUCAUGUCAAAGCUGUUCGAUCCUACAGUCAGCAAUUGUUGUUAGCUUUAAAGCUUUUGAAAAGAGCUAAUAUCCUUCACGCGGACAUAAAACCGGAUAAUAUAUUAGUCAACGAAAGCAAGCUUGUUUUAAAGCUUUGCGAUUUUGGUUCUGCUUCUCACGUGGCCGACAAUGAAAUCACGCCGUAUUUGGUCAGUCGUUUUUACCGUGCACCUGAAAUAAUUUUAGGUAUAUCGUACGAUUUCGCAAUAGACAUGUGGUCCGCUGGUUGUACCAUUUAUGAACUCUAUACUGGCAAAAUUAUGUUUUCCGGAAAAUCUAAUAAUCAAAUGUUGAAAUUUUUUAUGGAUCUCAAGGGGAAAAUACCAAACAAAGUCAUAAGAAAGGGAAUAUUCAAAGAUCAACAUUUCGACAAUCAAUGUAAUUUUCUUUACCACGAAGUUGACAAAGUCACGGAAAGAGAAAAAAUCGUAACAAUGUCAACUAUCACGCCAACAAGGGAUUUACAUGCCGAAUUAGUCGGUAACCAAAACCUUCCAGACGAUCAGGCACGAAAAGUUAGUCAAUUGAGAGAUUUAUUAGAAAAAAUUAUGAUGUUGGAUUCGUCGAAACGUUUGUCCAUAAAUCAUGCUUUAACUCAUCCAUUUUUAACGGAAAAAAUAUAA